UAGAUCUUAACCGUCAAAAAAUUGUGAAAUAUUAAUUUAAGUGCUUUAAACUGUAAUAAUAACCAAGGAAAUGACAUCACAAAAGAAACGAGUCAUUUAUGAUUCAGAUAGCGAUGAAAAUAGCAGCGAGAUAGAAAGCAUUGAAAAUGACACAAUUGAAUCCAGUGAACAGGAAAGUGAGGAAUCGGAUGUUGAAAUAAAUGAAACUUUCAAUGAUGAGGAAGAACAGACACAAAAUGUGAAAAAAAGUGUUACAAAGAGAGAUACAGGAAAUGAUGACUUUUUAACGGCUGAUAGUGACAUUGAUGAAUUAAAUAAGAGCGAAUCUAUUGAUGAGAUAUCACCGAUAAAAAAACUUGAAAGUAGCGAUGAAGAGAACGAAACGAGUCUAAAUGAAACAGAAGAUUUAAGCAGCAAGCAUUCUGAAAGUGAAAACAGUAAGAGUAAUUUCUUAGAUGAAGAAGCUCGUACAUCAAAUCACGAAAGUCAAGAUGAAGACAACAGCUUUAGAAUCAGUAAUGAAAAUGAUUCUGAGGAUGAAGAGGAAAUUGCUUCAAAGGUUCGUAAGAAUACACGUCGAAUAACAGAUUCUGAUGACGAGGACGAUAAUAAGAAUGAACAAAGGCGUAAAACGUUUUACAUGGAAAAUCCUGAUGGAGAUACGUCGUUUAUAGUUGAAGAUAAUGUUUACUCAAAAUCUACUCGUCGUAGCAUGUUUGGAGGCAUUCCAGAAGAUCCAGAAGUUAAAUCUGAACCAAUUUCUGAAAACGAGCUGUCAGAUGGUGAGGAUUCUGAUGUUAUUAUUUGUGAAUCGGAAUCAGAGCAGGAAAAUUUAGAAACCUCGGGAAUGAUAGUUAAGUCACUAUCGUCAACAACUCGAUCACCAUUUAAGGAAAUUGACCGUAAUUCAGUCGUUAAAAAGGAACCUUUGGCUAGUCCAGAAAAAUCCAAGAACUUACAAAGAGUAUCAAAAUCAUACUAUGAUUCACAAGUCGCUGAAAUUGAAGCUAUGAAAGGUCGAAUUGAGGCCUUACGAAAAAUGGAACUUAAAGGAUCUCUUCCUGAUAAUGGUCAAAAGUUAAGAAUUGCAGCUGUAAAAAUACAAAACGACAUUAAUGAAAAGGAAAGAUUGAUUAAAACACUUAUUGUUGAUGAAGAUAAAAGCAUUAAAAACCAACUUAUGGAUUCAUUUAAAAGCGAAAGUGAACGUUCAUCCAUAAAAGAGGAAUCAAAAGGAGACGAAGAUUUUCUAGCUGCCGAGGAUGUUCAGCCAAAAUAUACUGGAAAAAUUGGCAUGAAAAAUUUCGAGCAGCAAAAAGCACUUACAGUUGAAAAGCUUCAAGACAUACAAAACUCAUUAGAUCAACGACCCGCUGAUGAUGCAUUAGAAACACCUCCAAAGGAUUUAAAAAUUGAGUUAAUGAAGCAUCAACUGCACGCACUAGCUUUCAUGAUGUGGCGUGAAACACAAAAACCUCGAGGUGGAAUACUAGCUGACGAUAUGGGUCUGGGUAAGACACUGACUGUAAUAUCAUUAAUCUUGAAACAACUGCAAAAAGCUGAAGAAAUGGACGAAGAGAGUGACUACGACAGCGAUGCUAAUGAUAAGGAAAAAGAAAAUCAGUGGAUUUCUCAAGGACAUAAGUCAUUGCGUGAUGGAGGUACGCUAGUUGUAUGUCCAGCAAGUUUAAUCAAUCAAUGGGAGUAUGAAAUUAAGAAUAAAUUAAAGAGAAAUGCACUGAAUGUUAAUGUUUUUCACGGACCAAAGCGAGAAUAUCGAGCAAAAGUACUAGCAAGGUAUGAUGUGGUCAUCACAACUUAUCAAAUUAUUCUUAGCGAGUCAAAAAAUGAAGGAUGUCUUUCGGGUAUUAAAUGGGAUCGUAUUGUAUUGGAUGAAGGACAUGUCAUUCGUAAUUAUAGAUCCAAACAAUCGGAAGCUGUUUGUAAUCUUAUUGGAAAGAAACGUUGGGUUUUAACUGGAACUCCAAUUCAAAAUAAAGAGUUUGAUAUUUAUGCUGCUAUCAAGUUCCUUCGUUGUAGUCCAUUUGAUGAUAUUCGAUAUUGGAGAACGUGGAUUGAGACAAAGAAAGGUUCAUCGCCACGACUUCAAACAUUAUUAAAAUCAAUUUUACUUCGACGAACAAAACAACAAUUAAUGGAAUCGGGAGAAGUGCAAUCAUUGCCUGAAAAACAAUACGAAGAAUUUCAAGUAGCUCUUAAUCGUGAAGAACGCAGUGUUUAUAAUCGAAUAUUGGCUUUUUCUCAAGCUGUGUUUGCUCAAUUCUUAUCACAGCAUCAAGAGAAAUAUAAUACAUACACAUAUGAUCGUAAUCAGCUUGGCAAGCUUCACCAGAAAUUCGCAAAAAUUAAUAAUGUCGAACGAGAAGUAAAAGCUCACGAAAUUUUAACUCUUUUGUUGCGUUUACGUCAAGUUUGUUGCCAUCCAGGACUAGUUAAGCAAGCAAUUGCAUCACAUGAAAUGGACGUCGAUAUUGAUCAAGGAGAAAAGGAACAAGAAAAUACGUCAGUAAAUGAUUCCGAUAUUGAUAUUUUGAAAAAACUGCAGAAUAUGAGAAUUGAUGAGAAUAAUGAGGAAGUUUCAAAUACAGCAGGUGCGAUAACAACAGACAACGAAGUCUUUAAUAUGGACAUUCCAAGCUCAAAGUUGGACAAACUUAUGGAAAUAAUUCGAAUAAAGUUUGAAGAUACUGACGAUAAAGCUAUUAUUGUCAGUCAAUGGGUUUCGUAUCUUAAUAUAAUAAAAAGUCUAUUAGAGAUUGAAGGAAUUGGAUACUGUGAGCUCAAUGGGACAAUUCCAGUAAAGUAUCGUAAUGAUAUUGUUGUAAACUUUAAUAAACCUACUUCUAACGAACGAGUCAUGCUGCUUUCAAUCACUGCUGGUGGAGUUGGUCUAAAUUUGGUUGGUGCUAAUCUCCUUUUCAUCCUGGAUCCUCAUUGGAACCCUCAGAUUGAGCAGCAAGCUCAAGAUCGUAUUUAUCGAUUUGGACAGACAAAGAAUGUUAAGAUUUACAAAUUCAUCUGCGAGGAUACAAUAGAGGAGAAGAUCCUGAAAAAGCAGCAAGAAAAAAUGAAUAUUGCAGAGAGCGCAUUGACUGGAGCUAAGCGAAAUGCAUCAAAACUUACGAUUGAGGAUUUGAAGGAUCUGUUUGGAAUGAAAUGAGCGGAGCUGUAAACUAAGAAAAGAAGAAAAGACAUCGAUUUAUUUUUCAUAAUAAUUAUUUUCUUUUAUUAAAUAUGCAUUUGAUUCUCUAAUAUCUCUGAUAACAUAUUCAUUUAGUUUCUGUGAGGAAGGUGAUUCCUGAUUCCAUCGGUUCUCUUAUGAAAAAGAAAUUAUUGUUUAAAAAGUUUACAUAAAUUCCAUAAAGUGCAUAAUUUAAACAUUUCACAGAGAAGAAAAUCAACAUUUUUAUUCAAUUUUGUGUCAUAAUCAGCACAAGUGACACAAUGUGAUUUCAUACUUUUAAUAGUUUUCAUUAUUUUUUUUUUUUUUUGGUAAAAAGGCAAAAAGAUCUAAUCAAAAAAUCUGUAUAGCAAUAUGCUUCUUCUUUUGUCUAAAUAUAAAAAAUGUAAUCUACCUAAAGUCGAAUAAAAAAUUAUUAUGAGCACUGUAAGCACCCCAAAACUAUGUUUU